GGCCGUGCCCCCCUGUGCCCCCCCACCCCUCAGGGGCUCCUCCUCCGCCCGCCGCCGCUGCCUGGGCCGGGUUGGUGCAUGUGCGACCGCGCCUCCAGCCCCGUGAGGUGCAGGCGGUGCCUGGGCCGCUCUGAUGCCUUCAGGCGUACGCGUGGCGGAAUUUGGGUGUGCUUAGAGCUUUCCAGGAGGAAAACGGUUCUGUUUUCCGGGCGGCUGCGCGCUGUUGUGUACUGGCACCGUAAAUGAAACAUUCGUGGUUUUUAGGGACGAAAUUAGCCGUGUGUUCUCACCAGAACCACCUUUAUUUCACCCUGCCUUGCAGCACCUGGUCUUCACCGUUUCUUAAUUCCUCAGGCAGUCCUGCAAACCACGGGCUGUGGAAGUGCUGCUGCAGGGAUUUCAGCAGGGUGCUGCUGUGAAGAGAGCCGUGCCUGCUUAAUUACUCCAUUAAUAAUGAGUAUAUUAUUGCUGAGGUAAUCCCAGAAGAUCUUCCUUUGCCAAACCCAGGGGCUGAUGCAUCCCCUUCCCUGCUCCAGUGCUGGACUCCUGCAUUCCAGGAUCCUUUUCCCACUGAUGGGAAUGAGGGUUUCUCCUCCCCAUUCUCUCUUGGCCUCGCUUGCUGCAGGUGUGUAUCUCCAGUGGAGAGAGCCAGUAAGAGGAGAGGUGUCCUGCUGGCAGUCAGUGGCUGAGCAGCGUGCUGCCCACUAUGGCUGGUUGGUUUAGGCGGCUCCUGCACAAACCCAAGCCCAGCUCAGCGGAAAGCCUCAAGUCCAGCCACUCUGCUUCAUCCUCCCCUUCCUCCUCCUCCUCCUCGUCCUCUGCCAAGAGCUCCAGCUCUUCUCCUGGCACGAGCCUGGCCACCAGCUCCAUCUCCCUGUCACCCGUGUCAUCAGUGGACAUCAGCGCCUCCGACAGUCCCCGGUGGGACAAGAGCUACGACGUCUGCAUCUGCCACAGCGAGGGGGACGUGGAGCUGGUGCUGGAGCUGGUGUCCUACCUGGAGGGGCAGCCCGAGAGCUUCCGCUGCUUCCUGCAGCUGCGGGACGCGGCGGCGGGCAGCGCGGUGGUGACGGAGCUGUGCGAUGCCGUGCAGAACAGCCACUGCUGGGUCAUGCUCAUCACCCCCGGCUUCCUGCAGGACCCCUGGUGCAGGUACCAGAUGCACCAGGCCUUGGCCGAGGCUCCCAUGGCCAACGGACGCACCAUCCCGGUGCUGAAGGACGUGGAUCGCAAGGAUUAUCCCAGGGAGCUGCGGAACAUCUACUACAUCUACAUGGCGCUGAAGGAGAAGAGCUUCAGGCAGAUCAGAGACACUGUCAUGCGCUACCUCCAGGACCUGUGCCGGAGCUCCACAAAAAGCAUGGAGUAGUGCUGGGAGAGGAAGAUGCAUCCCCAUGGGCAUCUCGGAGCUGUCACCGUUGGAUCUGGGUGUUGGCAUGUCCCGUUGGACCUUGAGCUCAAACCUGAGGUGCUCAGACCAGACCUGGCACCAAAGAUAGGGAGCUCUCCACAUCCAUGAGGGACAGCAGACCGGAGUCCACCACGUCCUGGUGGCCAAAAUCUCCUCAGCAGGGACAGGGCCAUCCAUCACACAAACACUAAGCUCUGGUAUCGGGUGGUUCUUGGGGUCAUGAGAGCUCUUUACUGCCCUGGCAUUCUCUGUCCUGAGGGUCCAGGACCCCUACUAAGCUGACAAGGAACCUGCUGGGCGCCUGUGGGCAGGACGAGAUGAGGCAGGCGGUGACGCUGUACGGAGUCGUUGUGACUACGAAAAUGCAGAAGUUUUAAAUGUU